AUGGAAAUAUCGGCUGAAAGAAAUCCAAGAGCUACAUUAAAUGAAUCGUGCCUGCCGAGUCAAGAAUUCAUGCAGACUGUACUGUCACAUCAUACAGGAUGCUCGCCAACAUCAUUAGAAUCACUGAAAGAGUUAGGAUGA